AUGCCGCCAUUUCCGCCGCUGGAGCUUCACAGUGUCUGCCCGCCGGCGCCCAAAACCACCUCUCAGAAGCUCCGCCUCCGCCUCUCCGAGAUAUUCUUCCCCGACGACCCGCUCCACAAGUUCCAAGGAUCAGUCGUGGUUUUGGAAACUGAUUUUGGGGCUGCAUCUAUUCUGCCUUCGUAUUCAAUCCGCAUUCUAACAGUCGAGAUGGCAGCUUAUGCAGCUUUAGCUUCUCUUAUGCACACCAUCCAUCAGAUCGAGCAUCAUCCUUUUCCUCCAAUUUCUCUGGACAAAAAACAAGUUGAAUCUCUGACCGAAAAUGUUGUGUUCUUGCAAGAAUUUCUUGAAGGUUACAAGUCUCCUGUUGCUGAGGGCGAUGAAGCUGAUCCAUUGGAGAUGCGCAUUGCAGAUGCAGUUUAUGCUGCUGAGGAUGUCAUUGAAUUUCACAUUAUUGAUCAAAUUCGCCCUACUGUGUCAGCAUCGACUGGUUCCUCACCAUCUGCAGACUUGUAUGAGAGUCUGGUGAAGGUGAUAGAAGACAUGGAUUUGAUCAAGAAAGAAGUGAUGCUUCUUGAUAUCGAUGCAGUCAAAGAUCAGCUGCUGCUGCAGAGAGUCAAUUCUUCGGCAUCUUCUCUCUAUAGGCUCAACACCUCUACCAUGGUGGGCGUUGAUGAUGUGAUGAUUCAACUCAUGGAUAAGCUCAAUAACGGAGAACUCAGUUGCCAAGUCAUCCCAAUCGUAGGUAUUGGAGGAAUUGGUAAGACCACUCUUGCCAGAAAUGUUUAUGCACAAAAGUUUGUUAGUCAACAUUUUGAUGUAUGUGCUUGGGUUAAGAUUUCCGGACAAUAUAACAUAAAGGAACUUCUCUGUGAAAUUCUAUCUCAGACUAAUAAAGAAGGAUUUAGUCAAUUGAGCGAAGAUGAAAUAGGAUUAGAACUCCACAAAUGUUUAUUGUAUAGACGUUAUCUAAUUGUGUUGGAUGAUAUGUGGAGUAUUGAGACAUGGGAGAAGAUACAACGCUAUUUUCCCGACAAUGGUAACGGUAGUCGGAUAAUGGUGACGACUAGGCUAUUGAGUUUGGGAUCUCAAUUGGACUACAAAUCUGGCCUUGAGAUGAAAGUUAUAUAUAAGGAAAGUAGCUGGAAUAUGUUCUGCAAAAUUGUUUUUGGAGAAAAAAGUUGCCCUUCGGAAUUGGUGAAAAUUGGGAAAGAGAUUGUGGAGAGUUGCAGAGGACUUCCAUUAUCAAUUGUUGCGAUGGGAGGUCUUUUGAAAAAACUGAAACAAACAAAAGAAUGUUGGGAAUCUAUUAGGAGAAGCAUAAGUUCACUAGUGAGUUCGGAGAAUGAUGAGCAUUGUUUGAAAAUACUGAAGUUGAGCUACAACCAUUUGCCGGUAUAUCUUAAGCCGUGUUUUCUAUAUAUGGGAAUAUUUGAGGAGGAUAGUGAAAUUCGAGUGUCGACAGUGGUUAAACUAUGGGUCUCUGAAGGAUUUCUAAAACCAAUAAGUGGCAAGAGUUUGGAAACAAUUGCAAAGGAGUACUUAGAGGAACUUGUGGACAGAAAUCUAAUUCUGGUUCACAAGUUUGGAAAAACUGGAAACAUAAAGUACUGCAAAAUACAUGAUUUGUUGAGAGGUCUUUGCAUAAGAGAAGCUGAAAAGGAGAGUUUUUAUCAUGUGGUAGGGCAUCAUAGUCCUAAAGGCACGUGUAGUCAACGUCGUGUAGUUAUUCCGAGAAACACCUCAGAGAAGAAAGUCCUUCAGGCCAUGAGAACUAUACGAGAUGCGCGUUCCUAUAUAAGUGAAAGUGAUGAUGGAAUAGUGGGAUUGUUGCCUAAUUUUAGAUUAUUGAGGACAUUGAGAGGACAUGAGUAUUCCCUGGGAAGAUUGUUUGAGUUAGUCAAUUUGAGGCUUCUUGCUGUAAAAUCUGGUGGGUACCCUGCCCAACUUCAUUCUUCAAUCAAUCUCCUCUGGUGUCUGCAGACAUUAAUUGUGUCUCAAUUUGAAGAAGAAGUGAAUGCACCAGUUGAAAUAUGGGACAUGCCUCAACUUAGGCAUGUUAAUUAUUAUGUUUCAUACGGUAGUGGAGCAUUGCAUCUCCCAGAUCCUCCAACUGACAGCAUUGUCAUCAUGGAGAAUCUACAAAGCCUCAAAGGAGUAAAGAAUUUCAAGUGUGAUGAGAAGAUGGUUCGUAGAUUGCCCAAUAUCAGGAAAUUGGGACUGAUUGGGUCUCCUGAUGAUGACUAUUGUGUCCACAACAUCGAGCGUCUGCAAAAGCUUGAAUCUCUUAGCUGUGAGUGCUUUCAUAGGGCUGAUUUUUCGCUAAAGAUUACCUUUCCACAUUCUCUGAAGAGUCUAACUCUUGAAAUCAGAUAUGGUAGAAUGGAAGACAUAUUGGAAAAGGUAAGUACAUUGCCCCUUCUUUGGAAGCUCAAGUUGUUUUUUGGAAGGUUCGAAACUCGCAAAUGGGAAACAGCUGAAGGCCAGUUCCCGAGUCUCAAAUUUUUGUUACUCUCAAGUUGUUCCGAUUUGGAACGUUGGACGAUGGAAAGCUCUCAUUUCCCAUGCCUCGAGCACCUUCGUCUUCGCAAUGUUGAUUUGGAGAUCCCCGCAAAACUUGGUGAAAUUCCGACCCUAAAAUCCGUGGCCUUGGAUCGUUGCAGCAACUCAACAGUGAACAGUGUGAUAAGAAUGCUGGAUGAACAAAAGGAGUUGCAAGGAGAAGAUAUAUCCUUUAAAGUUGUAGUUACAGUUACACAAGGAGAAUGA